GCACUGUGUGGUUACGGCGCUAACCCGGUGGUGACGGUGCUGUGGGACCCGCCAUGUUGGCACCGACAGCCCGCAUUGAACCGUGUGUUACUGCGGCUGUGUCCGGCUGGGGGUAUCACCGCCCCCCGAUGCUGAGCUCAGCGCUGGGCCGGGCCGGGACAUGGACUGGGACCAGUUCGACCUGAACCCGAAGGUGAUCGCGGCCCUUAAGAAAGCCGACAUCAAGUCCAUGCAGGAGCUGUUACAUCUCUCCGGAGCCGACCUGCAGAGGCUGCUCAAGUUGCCCAGUGCGGAUGUGGGGCAUCUGCUGAGAACGGUCUGCCGUGCUCUGAGGAAGGACCGUGUGCUCACAGCUCUUCAGCUCUACCAAGACAAGGAUUGUUUCUCCUCCCAGUGCCAGAAGCUCAGCCUGGGCUGUUCGGUGCUUGAUGAUUUGUUGAAGGGUGGCAUCCCUUUAGUGGGGAUCACAGAACUUGCUGGGGAGAGUUCUGCUGGGAAGACUCAGAUUGGUUUGCAGCUGUGCCUUUGUGUGCAGUAUCCUUACAGAUACGGUGGAUUGGAGUCGGGAGCUGUCUACGUUUGUACAGAGGACGCAUUCCCAAGUAAGCGUUUGCAGCAGCUGAUAGCUCAGCAGCAUAAGUUGCGUGCAGAUGUGCCACCUGAAAUCAUACAGCGGAUCAGGUUUGGGAACAGUAUCUUUGUUGAGCACGCAGCAGACCUGGACACCUUCCACAACUGCAUUACAAAGAGAAUCUCUUUCCUGCUCACGAGAGGCGUGGUGCGGUUGGUGGUCAUCGAUUCCAUUGCUGCUUUGUUUCGAUGUGAAUUUGGGGCUUCGGAUUCUGUUCUGAAGGCUCGUUAUUUGCAGACAUUUGGAGCUCAGCUCCACGGCUUAAGCACCAGAUUCAGGACUCCAAUAAUGUGCAUUAAUCAGGUGACCGAUGCUGUGAGCGAGUCAGAAGCUGCACCGUGUGGCUACAGCGCUGCUGACAGCAGAGUCUUUCCAGCACUUGGAAUAACCUGGGCAAAUCAGCUGCUAAUGAGACUGAUGGUCAGCAGGGUGCCACAGCCUGAACCAGCACCUGGAGCUGCGUGCCACCACCCUGCAAGCGUCAGGACCUUAAGAGUCGUGUUUGCUCCUCAUCUGCCUCCAUCCUGCUGCUGCUUUACAGUAAAACUGGAAGGUGUGAGAGGAAUGAAGUAAGCUCGUUCUGCAGGAUCGGAUCCUGUUCCAAAAGUGUGUUGAACCUGCUUUGCUUCAGGAAGGAGCAUUAGUGAAAUGAAAUUCUUCCUACGGCAGAGGAAGGGAUGUGAAAUACAUAAAGGGUGUCUGCCAAUGACAUCAAGUGUUCUUUCUACAUUGUGCAGAGAUGCUCUUUUUGUGUCCGGAUGUAUCCGUGAGAUACGUGAGUAAUCCUUGCUGCAAGGAUUGAGUGGCACCUUCAGCUGUGUUCAUCCACACAGCCCCUGCUCUUUUAUCAGAGCUUCACAGGUUUCUCUCCCCAUCUUCUGCUGACCUCAUGAAUAGUAAUUGCUCUGGGUGCUUUUUGAAACCGUUGCUGCAUUCAGGGUGAGGGACAGCUCAAUGAACUUAUUCAUCCACACCUUCCAAUGGCCUUAAAACUUGGUGUGCUCGGUGGGUGGCUGUUGCUAUCAGUGGGUGACACUCACUUGUAUCACAUACCUGUUAAGCUUUCACACGUUUCCCAUCUCCCCCCUCCUCCCCAGGUCACCCAGCCUGUAUUUGUAAGCGACCACAAUCAUUUAUUACAUUAUUUUUUUAAAAUAAAACCCAACAAUGAAGCUUUUAA